CUGCGUGUAGAAGCUCACGUUCACCCAACAGCUGGGAUUCCACUUUUAUAUUUACAUUAUACAUUUGCACUCGCCUCGUAAAUCACUGCGUGUUUAUUUAUCACGACUGUGUAAAAUCCCAGUCACCUCGGUGAGUCUUGAAUCCAUGGCUUUUUGUUUGUUCACAAACAUUUGAAAGCGUUUGGGAGAGAAAGGGUGAGAGAGGGAGAGAGAGAGAGAGAGAGGUGGUUGCGUUUGAGGCCACUCGACCUUUACAUUCACGAGCCAGUCUGCGGAGGAAGUUCCAGGAUUCCACACUCCAACCAUCCCGUUAAACGGAUAUUACAAGUUCCCAAGAUGAAACUUUGGCUCUGGUUGCUGCUCCCGGUCCUUGUUAUCUGUACGCUCCUUCCACUGAGCGACUGUGACGAGCAACACCUCAAAGAAGACAAACUUUUGGUUGUGACAGUAGCAACUAAGGAGACCGAUGGCUUCAGGCGUUUCUUGAGAUCAGCCAAACACUUUAAUUACACUGUCAAGGUUCUAGGUCGGGGUCAGAAAUGGAAAGGGGGCGACUACUUGUCAACCCCUGGGGGAGGACAAAAAUUACGAAUUUUAAAAGACGCACUGGAAGACAUGAAGGAUGAGGAUAAACUUAUUCUUUUUAUUGACAGCUAUGAUGUGAUUUUCGCCUCAAGUCCCAAAGAACUGAUAAAGAAGUUUGUGCAGGCCAAACACAAGGUGGUUUUCUCGUCUGAGAGCUUGAUUUGGCCUGACAGACACUUGGAGGAUAAGCAUCCACAUGUCCGUGAGGGCAACAGGUUCCUCGGCUCAGGAGGCUUCAUUGGCUACCUGCCCAACAUCAAGGAAAUGGUUGCUGACUGGGCGGGAGCAGACAACGACAGCGAUCAGCUCUUUUUUACCAAGAUUUAUAUCAAUCCAGAUAAAAGAAAAUCUAUAAAUAUCACACUGGACAGCAAAUGCAGAUUGUUUCAGAACCUUCAUGGAGCCUUAGAUGAGGUGGUGUUAAAAUUUGAGGAUGGGCACGUGCGAGCCAGAAAUUUGCUGUAUGAUACUCUACCUGUCAUCAUCCACGGGAAUGGACCGACCAAGCUUCAGAUUAACUACCUCGGUAACUACAUACCAAACACGUGGACAUUUGAGACUGGCUGCACCGUGUGCCACGAGGAUCUACGCCCACUUGCAUCUCUAAAGGAAGAUGAAUAUCCUCUGGUGGUGAUUGGCGUCUUCAUUCAGCAGCCCACCCCUUUUGUCGCUGUGUUUUUUGAACGCCUAGUGAAGCUCCAGUAUCCCAAGAAUAGACUCCAACUCUUUGUUUUCAACAAGGAACUUCACCAUGAGCGUGAGGUUAGUUCCUUCCUCCAGGAUUAUGGAAAUCUUUACCUGGAUGUCAAGUUCAUUGGGCCUGAAGAAGGGUUGGAUGGAGCAACUGCACGCAACAUGGGCUUGGAUAUGUGCAGGAAGCAGGCAAACUGUGACUAUUUCUUCAACUUGGACGUUGAAGUUGUUUUGAAGAAUGAGAACACUCUUAAAACUCUAAUUGAACAAAACCUUCCUAUUGUGGCACCGAUGUUGACCCGUAGUGGCCGACUGUGGAGCAACUUCUGGGGAGCCCUCAGCGCAGAUGGUUACUAUGCCAGGUCUGAGGACUACGUGGACAUCGUUCAGGGACACAGGACGGGGAUAUGGAAUGUCCCAUAUAUAACCAGUGUGUACCUGAUGAAGGCCGACCUCCUCCGCUCAGAGCUCUCAGACAGCGAUCUAUUUCACUCACAGUCCUUGGACUCUGACAUGGCUUUCUGUCAACACGUUAGAAAUAAGGGUGUUUUCAUGUAUGUAACCAACAUGCAAACGUUUGGACGGAUCCUAUCAACGGAAAACUACCAGACCAGUCAUCUGCAUAAUGAUCUGUGGCAGAUGCUUGAAAAUCCCGAGGAUUGGCAGGAGCGCUACAUUCAUGAGAACUACACUCGCAUCAUGAAAGAUAAACUCAUUUUAACUCCUUGCCCUGAUGUAUACUGGUUUCCAAUUUUCUCCGAUGUCGCUUGCAACCACCUGGUUGAAGAAAUGGAAAACUUUGGGAAGUGGUCAGGAGGCGGUAAUGUGGACACGAGAAUUCAAGGUGGCUAUGAGAAUGUCCCCACCAUCGACAUUCACAUGAAUCAGAUCAACUUUGACAAGGAAUGGCAACAGUUUUUACUGGAGUACAUUGCGCCAAUAACAGAGAAAAUGUAUCCUGGUUACUACACCAAGUGUUCUACCCCCUUGAACUUUGUGGUGAGGUACAAACCGGACGAGCAACCCCUGCUCGAGCCUCACCAUGAUGCCUCCACAUUCACUAUAAACAUUGCUCUCAACAGCAAAGAAGUUGACUACCAGGGUGGUGGAUGCCGGUUCCUUCGCUAUGACUGCGCCAUCGAUGCCCCACGUAAAGGCUGGGCCCUCAUGCACCCGGGGCGCCUCACCCACUACCACGAAGGUUUGCCCACCACAGCCGGUGUCCGCUAUAUUGCAGUGUCAUUUGUGGACCCCUGAACGAGCACACGCGUCACCCAAGGACACAUACACACUGGCUGUAUAUUUAAAAUAGAUAAGUCACACUGAGUGUUGACUGCCGCUUCACUUGUUUUAAUGUGACAUAUAUAUUCUGUCCAACAAUGAGUGGACAGACCUACAAAAAAAGGGAACUGGUGCCAGUAAAUUGUUUCAAAAAGGUCAACUUCAAAUGUACUGUCAAAAAUUUGCAUAUUUAUUUUUUCAUAUAGUGUGAAUGAUGCUACCGAAAAGCCUAGUAUUUUGUGCCCGUAGCUGGUAGUAUGCGGGGUAUGCCUCAAACCCUGGUUGGUACGAAACAUUUACUACUCCAGUUCGUGUAAAAACAGGUCAGCUCAAUAAAUACCUUUACUGUCAACGCUGAUUUUAUUGUCCUUUCAUU